AACAGCAACAAUAAAAAUUAUUGCAGGAAACUAACAUUCUUUGGCAAGAUCCACAAGAUAAUUCUCCAGCAAAUCUAAUUAGGAGAAAAAGAGACGAUGCAAAUAAAAUACAAAAUGAAAAAUAGGAAGUAACAGACAGGAUGUUUUUAAAAAAAUAAAAGUAUCAUUAAGAACUCUACAUGUAUAAAUUUGAAAACCGAGAUGAAGUCGGAGUGCCUGGAUGGCUCAGUCGGUAGAUCACACAGCUCUUGUCAUUGGGAUUGUGAGUUCGAGCCCCACGUUGGGUAGAGAGAUUACUUAAAAAAAAAAAAAAAUCUUUAGAACACCCAGAGGAAGUGGAUUAAUUUCUAAAAUAAUAUGAAAUGUCAAGAUUGGCAUAUGAAGAGCAUACGCAAUGCCUUAAAGCAAUGAAAAUGGCCAAGGAUCUCUGGCAAAUUGAAAAGGAAAAGAGAGUAACCCCAGUAGGAAUAUGGGCCAAGCAUAGGAAGAGACAAUUCUCAGAAGAGCAAACCAGAGAGGCUAAGAAAUACGUGAAGACACCCGAGCUUAACAAUAACCAGAGAAAUGCAGUCUAUCAAACUGUACAUCUAUCGGGCUGGCAAAGAACCAGAAAGCCGGAAGAAGAUUAAGUGUUGGCCGCAAUGUGGGGAUGCAGGGACUUUUGUGUAUUGCUGCUUGUGGGGUCGUUGGGAGGGGGACAGGACCUUCUUCUGGACCGUGAGGAAUAAAGGAGUUGAGAGUUCUGAUCGAUGUUUCAGCCCCAAAGCAGUGUUGUGGGGAGGAGUCUGGCAAUACUGAGUCAAAUUAGGUUUACAAAUACCCAUUACGACUAUAUCCUAGGUAUGACGUAAUAAAGAGCUCCACCUUCAGCUACAAAGGAAUGUAUACAAGGAUGCAGCGUUAUCAGGGAGAUGAUCCAUGGAAGCCAAGGAAGUGCCUGCUGCCCAGCACUGCGCCGCAGACUCUGCCACCGGGGAUGAGCCCAGAGCCCUCCCGGGCACAGAGCUUAUCCCCAGGAGAGCUGUCAGUCGCUCUCCAACCUGCGCCCGCUGCCGAAACCACGGCGUCACUGCGCACCUCAAGGGCCACAAGCGCCUGUGCCUCUUUCAGACUUGCGAGUGUCACAAAUGUGUCCUCAUCUUGGAGCGCCGAAGGGUCAUGGCUGCCCAGGUGGCCUUGCGUAGGCAACAGGAGGCACAGCUAAAGAGGCACCUGGCUCAGGGACUCAUGAGGAGAGGGGCGGCCCCUCCCAAAGCUCCUAGCCAUGCCAAGAAGGGAGCCACUCGACCAGGGGUCCCCUCUGGAAAGGAGAACAUAGCACCCCAGCCUCAGACGCCCCAUGGGGCAGUCCCACUGGCACUGACACCCCCUGGGAAGGAUAACUCCCAGGGGCCUCUGCUGCUCAGCCGUCCCCCAGAAGCCUUGCCUUUGUCCUGGACUCCAAUGCCCCCAGGCCCUUGGGCUCCUGGACACUGGCUUCCUCCAGGCCUUUCCAUGCCACCCCCAGUGGUGUACCGCUUGCUAUACCAAGAACCUACUGUCCCUCUGCAUCCCUUUUCUGACUUUGACCCUGGCACUUCCCUCCGGCUGCCCACUCAUGGACCCCGCCCAACCUGCCCAGGAUCUUGCCCGAUACUGAUGGCUCCUCUUUCCAGAGAAUCCCGAGGGCCCUCUGCCUUGCCCCGCACAUGCUCGACUCUGAUACUCCAGCCCUGUGGCACUCCAGACCCUCUUCUGCUGCAGCCACAGGCGCCUGCAGCCUCUCGCCUAGCCUGGACCUCUGCCCCCUCAGAGCGGCAGCUGCAGCGGGAGGCAGCUGAGGCUCUUGUGGGUCUGAAAGAUUCUUCCCAGGCUCCCCGCCUGACCUCUUCUGUUCCUCCCAACCCUGCCUGGAUCUCCCUGCUCCACCCCUGUGGCCCACCAGCUCCUGCUGGAGGAAGAGGAUUCCAGCCUGUUGGCCCCUCUCUCCGCCCCAGCCCAGCCCCCUCCGUAGCUCUGCAUAUUGGGCAUCUGGGCUCCAUCUCCCUCCUAAGCUAGAAGCCCAGAGGUUGAGACCUCACUUGAGCAAGGGGCAAGAGCCUGCAGUCACUGCAUAUUUGGUAUUUUGCCUCUGGAUUUAUGCAUGGAAUAUAAUAUAGUGCAAGCUUCCGGCUUUUUUUUUUUUUUUUUUAAGCUUUAUUGUGCUUUGUUAGCUUUUGGUUCCUUUUGUAGUGUGGGUAUUUCCUUGACUGAAAGUGGAUAUCCUCUUACCCACUUGGGUCCAGGGACCUUUUUAAAUACCCAACAAAGUGAGAGUUAUGCAAUUUAAGCUAACAAGUAUCUAAAUAGGUUUUUGCAUGAGUUCAUGUUCCAGAAUAUUUGACAUGUGAUUCUGUACGUACUUGUGCACUUAUGUCUGUCUCCAUGCGUGCAAAAACAGGAGGGUAUUUUCAUUUUGUGUCUACGUUUGGGUGAGUAACAGAAAAAUAAACCUUUGUUGUUUUAAGCCA